CCGGGCCCCGCCUCGCCGCGCUCGCCAGGAGGGGCGGGGGCUGUGGAGCGACGGCAGCGAGCAGGCAGGCGCGGAGCUGCCCUUCCAUAGGAGCCGCCAUUAGCGCUGGGACCCGCUGACAGGGUCUCGGCGGCGGCGGCCGGCGCGGCGCGGCGCGGGGAGCGGAGGCAGCCGGGGUGGGGUCCCCGUUUGAUGGAUCCCCGGAUCGCCUGGUUCCAGCCAGAGCAGCUCGGCCCCUCGAACCGCCUGUGGAUGCAGAUCUGGGAGACCACGCAGGGGGUCCGCAACCUCUACUUCCAGCAGCAGCAGCAGCAGCAGCAGGAGCAGCAGCAGCAGCAGCAGCAGCAGAGCGCCCCCGCCGGGGCCGGCCCGGCCUCCCCGCCCGGCAUGUACCGCGCCCCCCGCGCCGACCCCCAGCCCGACUUCCUGCCGCUCGAGAGCGCCAACAACCAGCACAACCGCAGCCUCCGCCAGGCCUCGCCGCCCCCGGGGGCCGCCGCCGCCUGGGCCCGGCCCGCCCGGGGGGUGCCUCGCUUUUUGGAAGAAGCUAAGUGUGCUAAGGCAGGUGCAAGCUCAUGCUCGUCGAGCUUUGAGCUGACCAGAAGGCAUGUAGCCGCCCUGAUGCAGCACUCGGUCUGA